CUUGGGAUCAUUUCUCUUCAAUAGACCGUCGCUACUUUGAUCUCGAUGAGUAGUCCUCGCAUAGCGACUCCUCGUCAGUAUGGCGGUAGUCACUUUGGGGCCACCGGUGACCGGCGCCCAUCGGACAUGCGCAUGCCACGCUUCUUCAAAAGACUCUUCAAGUUCCCUCAGAUGGACUUCGAGAUGGCUGUCUGGGAGAUGACACACCUCUUGGUAGCGCCUAAGAAGGUCUUCAAGUCCAUUUACUACCAUAAACAAACGAGAAACACAUGGCAUCGCCCAGACCCGUCUUUCACCUACCUCAUGUCGUUUUUCCUCCUUCUCACCUCGCUUGCAUGGUCAAUAGCAUACACCCCGGCCUUUGGCUCUGUCAUCAAGCUGGCCUUGAUGUUCAUUGUCGUCCACUUCCUCGCUGGCUCUCUUCUCGUCUCAACCCUGGCCUACUACUUUGUUGGCCGUCUCCUCGGCCCUGGCGUUGCAGGUCUUCCUGGUCGUCGACGACAGCAGGGUCUCUUUGGGCCUCCUGGCGGAACUCGCGGGGCUGAGGCCUUGGAGUUUGGCUACUGUUUUGACGUUUCCAUCCGAGCCUUCUUUCCUCCCUACGUCCUCUUGUACAUCAUACAAUUCAUCCUCCUGCCAGUCAUCAAUCACCAAAACCGCACAUCAGCCUUUCUGGCGAAUCUGCUCUACCUGGCAGCUGGCAUUUAUUGGAGUCUGAUUGUUUUCCUCGGCUAUAAUGCCUUGCAUUUCUUACACCACACACAACUGCUUCUGUCACCAAUGGUGGCAUGGGUCGUGGUCUGGCUCGUCUGUACCAUUCUCGGCGUCAACCUUACUUUCUGGGGCAUCCCAUGGUUGUUUUUGGGCGUCAAGCGUUAAAGUUGGUGCUGCACCUGAAUUGGGAGAUUGGUCAGCUAUUCUACUGGCCGGGAAUUCCACGAAGAUAUACGGCUUGCAAUUUACGAGCAAAACCGCCAGAACUUUACAGGCAUAAUGGUGACUGAAUCUCAAGAGCUGGAACUGUUGGCAUUGAAGGAUGGCUAACAAGGUCAAUCACACAUGACCAGGCCCUUCCGAACUAUCGCACCGGGAACGACAUGACUUGAGCUUAUCGAAAACGCUAGUAGCAUGCUAUGCAACUGCCAGCUAGUCUCUUGAUGCACUCAUUUUGACUCGAAUAGUCGUCACCACGAUAAACGAUAAACGCUCACCCACAAUCACAAAGGAAACUGCGGCGAAGAUGGGUUGAAGCGAUUCAGACGAAAUCCUAGUGAAGACCGACGACGUUGGCUGAGCAUCUUUGCUCUGUAAUUAAGCAGAACACAAGAUGUAGACGUCGGACAUGGGAUGAGAUUGCAACAUGACUUGGUGUAAUUUUGAUUUUCGAGACUUUUGGUCCGAUUCUGGCCUUUGGGAUUUGAGGCAUACUAUGAGACUGGCCGGGAACAUUCUGGUUGGUGAUGAUCACCCUUGCUCUGAACAAUUUGCUGCGACAGGUCUGUGUGUGCCCGCCCACCGAUCAAAGCACGUUCCUCGGCCUCUUCAAGUCCAGUCUUGAUCUUAGUCGCUAAAACUAUUUCCUCCACCCUACGCAGCCAGUGACUUUUUUGAAUUGAAAAAUUCCUGCCAAAUAUAGGCAGGAAACCAUAUGAAUGCUGUCUCUCGCUGACACAGAAUUCUCCGUCCAAAAGAGCAGUUCUGGAUGCUUUGAUCUCAGCAAAUGAUAAAAACUUUUCGCAUAUUCACCCCAGAAACGUGAAAAGUUCCGUGGCGACCCUUAGUCACGUUUGGGACCCCAUGAAGAACCAUUUCAAUCACACAAGAUCCAUAUUUAACGAGCAGUCACCAAUCCAGUCGACGCCAGCCAUGGCUCCCUGGUUGUCCGUGAGAUCGAGCCACGAUUCUGGGAAAUUUAUCAGGUCGGGGAAAUGCAUUGGGGACUGGUGCAACCACUGCGUCAUAGACGCCGUCAUCUCAGCCGGAGUCGUGGUUGAAUGUACUGGAGUUGUUUGGGAAACGCUGCUGUCGAGGGUUUCAGUACCGGCGACGAGGUCCCGUGUUUCUGAAGAAGUCGUUAUCCGGCUCUGCUCCUCUGGCAAGGCUUCUGCUCCACGAAUACCUUUCUGUGCUCGUUGUAUGGGGAUCGCGCCAUUCUUGUCAGCCCAUUGGAUUUUGCCAACGAUCAUCCCUGACUGACGUCUUCGGGGCCGGUCUUGAGGCUGAACUUCAGACUCCAUGAAGGUGAGAAAAUUGAUCGCCCAGUCCGCAGCGAUGUGAGCGUCAGAAAGUUCUCGAAGGACUUGUUUUGAUUCUUCUAGUCGUUGUCGUGCUUUGUGCCGAACGACCGGAUCCUCCAGCCUCAGAUCCAGGACAUGGCUCACUCCGACCGCAACUAAGCAGCUGAUCCCAGUGGCGUGCAGGUACUUGACCAGAUCUGCCUUGUAUAGAUCCAUGGCGAUCUUAUUCACUUC